UUCAAGUUCUUGCGGCGAACGGGCUCUGGCCACUAUUUAAGCAGGCGCACGCCCCUUCUUCCUCCUUCAUUCUACACCGGAAACGAGUCCUCUUACUCUCGCCGUCGCCCUUCGCUCCUCUUCUUAUCCUUCAGAUCUCCCCUGCGCCAUAAGGAUAAAGAUCUAGAAAAUAAAUAUGGUGAAGAUCUGCUGCAUAGGUGCCGGCUAUGUCGGUGGCCCAACCAUGGCCGUCAUCGCUUUGAAAUGCCCGUCCAUUGAAGUUGCUGUUGUUGACAUCUCUGUCGCCCGCAUUGCUGCCUGGAACAGUGAUCAACUUCCAAUUUAUGAGCCGGGGCUUGAAGAUAUAGUGAAGCAGUGCCGAGGGAAGAACCUUUCCUUCAGCUCAGAUGUGGAGAAGCACGUAUGUGAGGCCGAUAUAAUCUUUGUCUCUGUGAACACACCAACAAAAACCCGGGGACUCGGUGCAGGCAAGGCUGCUGACCUUACCUACUGGGAGAGUGCUGCUCGCAUGAUAGCCGACGUCUCCAAAUCAGACAAGAUUGUGGUUGAAAAAUCCACUGUCCCUGUCAAGACCGCGGAGGCUAUCGAGAAGAUUUUGACCCACAACAGCAAAGGCAUCAACUACCAGAUCCUUUCCAAUCCCGAAUUCCUCGCUGAGGGCACAGCGAUUCAAGAUUUAUUCAACCCUGACCGAGUGCUCAUCGGUGGCCGUGAAACACCAGAGGGCCGCAAGGCCGUGCAAGCACUGAAAGAGGUGUAUGCUAAUUGGGUUUCCGAGGAUAGAAUCAUUACGACCAACCUCUGGUCUGCUGAGCUAUCCAAGCUUGCUGCCAAUGCCUUCCUCGCUCAGAGGAUCUCUUCAGUGAAUGCCAUCUCGGCACUCUGCGAGGCCACGGGUGCAGAUGUGAGCGAGGUGGCCUAUGCUGUUGGGAAAGACACGAGAAUUGGGCCCAAGUUCUUGAAUGCGAGUGUCGGGUUUGGUGGUUCUUGCUUCCAGAAGGACAUCCUGAACUUGAUCUACAUCUGCGAAUGCAAUGGCCUUCCUGAGGUGGCCAAUUACUGGAAGCAAGUUAUCAAAAUCAACGACUACCAGAAGAAUCGAUUCGUCAACCGGGUGGUUGCCUCCAUGUUUAACACUGUUGCCGGGAAGAAGAUUGCCGUGCUCGGGUUUGCCUUCAAGAAGGAUACUGGUGACACAAGGGAGACUCCGGCCAUCGAUGUUUGCAAGGGACUUCUGGGCGACAAGGCCAAGAUUUGCAUCUACGAUCCCCAAGUGUCCGAAGAUCAGAUCCAACGCGAUCUCGCGAUGAACAAAUUCGACUGGGAUCACCCCAUCCACUUGCAACCUAUGAGCCCCACUGCAGUGAAGGAGGUCUCUGUGACCUGGGACGCCUACGAGGCGACUAAGGGGGCACACGGAAUUUGCAUCCUCACUGAGUGGGACGAGUUCAAGAAGCUGGAUUAUGCGAAGAUCUACCAGAGCAUGCAGAAACCUGCUUUUAUUUUUGACGGACGCAAUGUGGUCGAUCCCGUCAAGCUUAGGGAGAUCGGUUUUAUAGUUUACUCAAUUGGGAAGCCAUUGGACCUAUGGCUCAAGGACAUGCCUGCUGUGGCCUAAUUGGUAGUUCGGUUGGAGGAGUCAGAAAUUCAACUUUCUUUUAGGAGGUUGAGGGUUUGGUCUGAAGAUUCGGCAUCGUUGUUGUCUUAAUCUUGUUGGACAAUCCAGUGUUUUACACAUUGCAAUUAGACGUGGAUUUGUGAUUUGCUUUGUUCUCC